AUGGACGUCUACACUCCUGAAGAAUGGCAUGAAUAUUGCAAAAUGCCACAAGUGCGCAUUGGAGAAACUCCUGCUAAGAAAUUAAUACGAUUUCCGGUUGGCAGUUCAUCUGCUCCUGAAAUCGGAAUAGCAAUAUGUUUCUCUUGUGAUCGAUUAGUAUAUACUGGGCAAAGAAAAAAGAAUAUAGGAAAUUAUAACCAUAUAGAAACGGAGAAGCAUUGGAAAUUUUCAUGUACCGGAAAUAAUAAUUACUGUGGUGUAAAUUAUGAAGAGUAUUUGAAAAUUAAACAAGAAUGUAAUUCUGGAUAUUAUGACAAUAAGUAUGCAUUACAUCGUUAUGAGUUAUGGAAAUGCAAUGCAAUCGGGAGACUCGAACGUGCAAGGGAAAUUGGUAAAAAGAUUCAAAGAAAAAUUGUGGAAUAUUUACCCGCCCUGAUGGAGAAACUAUACAUGUUUACAAAUAUUAGAGCGGAAAUGCGUUGUGGGGUACCACUUCAGAUUAGUAACGUACCUACUCAGCGUGAAAUCUUAUCCUAUGUAUCUAAUUUCAAAGCAUUGUUCCAACCCAAACGAAUGUAUAGAGGAUCCUCGUUUGCUCAAUCACAAUGA